CGUGCGUGUCCCUUUGCUCCGGUUACGAGGAUGGGACGCAUCAGGCGGAUGAAAACCUUCGGGCUGAUGGCGGAAAAGCGGCCAAAAUAUGAGGGGCAGAGUCCAUCAGUCAACAGUGCAAUUUUCCGACGAGCAACUCCUUUUGGAUUAGAACUGCGCGAGACCUCGUCUUCUGAUGCCUCAUGCUGUAUUAACUUCUAUUAACUUUUCGUUCCCUGUCCUUUCCCUCAGCCCCGCACACAUCACUGGGUUUACCCACAGACAACAGAGGGCGAGGACGGGGAGCUGUGACAUGACAGUUUUGUUUCCUAAGGUGACACUUUUUCUACUUUUUGGUCUGGAUGGAUCAUGUGAUACUGUAACUUCAAAGCAUUUUUUUAAACUUAAAGAAAGUCAAAGUAACGAAACUGAUGAAGAUGAUUGCAGGACUCUUGAUUGGUGUGGAGCUCAACAUUUGCAGUUUCUGGGCUCAGCUGCAAAGCAGCAUUGGCUGUCAGGCUGAGGGUUAACUUAGAAGCAGCUUCAUCAAAUGACUCUGCCCUGACUCAUCUCAGAGUCAGGGACUGCUUGGCACAGCAUGGGCAACUCCUCCAGGAAGGAUGAGGGCGAAGAGGAGGAAGACGGGGCUGUUGAUGGUGAGGAAGCAGACAGGAAGAAAAAAGAAGAGGAGGAGGAAAAGGAUGACGUUGAGCUCCCACUUGGGGUGGAGGAGUUGUUGGAGAGUGGGGAUCCCGUACUUGACUUGAGCUACCGUAAAUUUAAGCGCUUACCUUUGCGUGUUUAUGAUCUGCUGUACUUAGAGAAACUUUACGUUUGUGGGAAUAGUCUACGUACUUUGCCAGAGAGAAUCACCCAGCUGCAGGAUCUGCGGAUACUUGCCCUCGACUUUAACAAGAUUGAAGACGUCCCUUUGCCGGUGUGUCAGCUCACCAACCUCACCCGUCUCUACCUGGGCAGCAAUCGACUAAUGAGCCUUCCCCCUGAGGUGAAGAACCUGCAGAAUCUCAGAUGCUUGUGGAUGGAGAGUAACUACUUCCAGAUGUUUCCAAAGGAGCUCUAUGAUCUGCCCCAUCUCAAGUCUCUGCAAAUGGGAGACAACCGGCUAAAAGCGCUGCCUUCUGACCUGUGUCGCAUGGAGGCUUUGACAGGAUUGUGGCUGUAUGGAAAUCGCUUUGAAACCUUCCCAACUGUCCUGCUACGUAUGGAGGGCUUGGAGAUCCUGGACAUGGACCGUAACAAACUCACAGAAUUGCCCAGCCUGAAGCGCCUUAAGUCCCUGCACCUAUUCUCCUACGACCACAACCCAAUCACUGCACCUCCUAAAGUAGGAGAGGAGGUGAUUGUGGUCGGUGAAGGAGCAGCAGAGUUCAUGGAGAUCCGUGAGGCCAGGAAGGAGAGACGAAAGGCUGCAGAGGAAGAGGCAGAGGCAGAAGCUCAGGCUGAAGCUGAGGCUGAGGAGGAGCCAGUCAUUCAUGGCAUCUUGAAAAACAGCAACUCAAAAGCAGCAUUGAACGGAGCUGUGGUGACCAUUGAAGAUACAGAUGUGAAGGAGGAAGAGCAGGGAAUCAGCUCAAAGCCUCCAGCCACAGACUUUGACGGAACUAAUCUGGAAUAUGACGAAGAGAUGGUUGAAUAUGAGACGGAGGAGCUGAUAUGUGAAGGAGAGGGAUUAGAUUAUGAAGGAGAGGGGCUGGAGUACGAGAGGGCAGAUUUAGACUAUGAGUAUGAGGAAGAGGAGGAGGAGGAGGAGGAGGAGGAGCAGCAGGAUCGAGGAAGGCAGGAUGAAGGGGCAUGAGAACUCCAUCAAACAGCUGUGCAAUCUGCAGGCAGAUAGACAUGGAUGAUGGGGAAUUGGCGCGGCACUCUCCAACUUUUUGCUGCUAAUUUAGUUUAUAGUGAAAAGAUAUGUGCUUUAUGCUUGUGCGAACCUGUGACAUCUCACUCAACAUCCAGAUCAGGUAGCAUGCGUGCGCAGUGGGAAUGAUUAUUUUACCUUAGAGUGGUUAUUUUCCGUUAUUAAAUUUCUGGCUGAAUGAA